CAACCCUCUCAUCGAGUACUACAUCGUCGAGUCGUACGGAUCGUACAACCCUUCGUCUGCGGCCUCGGCCAAGGGAUCGGUGACCUGCGACGGUGCUAACUACGACAUCUUGACGACCACCCGCACCAACCAGCCGUCGAUCGACGGCACGCAGACCUUCCAGCAGUACUGGUCUGUCCGCAACCCGAAGAAGAGCCCCGGAGGAUCGAUCAGCGGCAGUGUCAACACGGGAUGCCACUUCACCGCAUGGGCGAACUUGGGGAUGAACUUGGGCUCCGAGCAAAACUACCAGAUCGUUGCUACUGAAGGCUACCAGAGCAGCGGAUCCGCCACCAUCACCGUCUCUUAAAUGUAGGGUGUGUACUGUUCUACCAACCAAUUGUAUUCCAAGUCAAGAGUCGUACAUAUUAUUUGGUGAAUUGUUGAACUAAAAUCGCGUCAUUUGUAUCAAUCUGUACCAGAUUGUUGUAGAAGUAGGAACAGG